GUGUUUCCGGUUCCUUGACGUCACUAAAUAUGGCCGCGUCCGCUGUCAUGUAUUUUCAUUUGAAGCUGUAUUUUAUAUUAUUAUUAUUUGUCAGUUGGUCGUGCAAUGCAACCGAAUCAGUCUUAGAAGAACCUACAGUUUCUUCUCCACAACUUACAAAUAAUAUUGGCCACAAAAUUGAUGGACGUGUAGAGGUUCUAUCUGCUUCUGAUAAAAGCUGGAUGCCUCAUAUCAAAAUUUUGGUGGAUGGAGGAGAAUAUACAGGCUUCUUAAAAACUGAUGGAACUUUUACAGUUGGAGCUCUACCAUCUGGUUCAUAUGUUGUAGAAAUCCAUCAUCCUGCAUAUCUGUUUGAACCAGCACGUGUUGAUAUCAGCUCAAAGGGUAAAAUACGAGGUCGUAAAGUAAAUAACCUUCAGCCUGGUUCAUUAAAAACAAUAGCCUACCCUUUAGAAUUCCGGGAGCGAGGAAAAGCUAACUACUUCCAGAUGCGAGAGCAAUGGCGUAUGACAGACUUCCUGUUUAACCCAAUGGUUCUGACUAUGGUUUUGCCAUUGCUUAUUAUUAUGGUGCUACCAAAGAUGAUGAAUGCCGCUGAUCCUGAUACUCAAAGAGAGGUCCAAACUCAAAUGAAUGCUCUUAAUGCCAAACAGAGUUUACCAGACAUGUCUGAGUUUUUUACAUCUUUAUUUUCAGAUGGCAAGAAACCUAUAAAAUCCAAAUCAUCUUCUAAGAAAAGAUGAGAGUUACAAGUUAAGAGCAUUGAUUAGACAUUUAAAAGGUUAAGAAAUAAUAAUAAAGAUUUUGUUCUCAAAAUUUAUCUUAAAGAAUAUUAAAAAUACAGUUUUUUUUCUCUAUUCAUUAACUCCACAUAUAUUCAAUUUCGUAUACUGUGAUUUAUAAAGCCUUAUCUCUGAAUUUAGCUAUUUAUUUGAAUUUCAAAGGCAUUGAUUUGUUGCCUGAUAAUUUUUUAAAUGAAGAAAAAGGAAAAAGAAAAAAGUAUUCAAUAAAAAUUUAAAAGUAAAAAAAAAUCAUUAAAUUUUGGGGAAUAAAAUAGAAAAAGAAUAUUCUUUAAAAAAAUUAAAUAAAUAAAUUUUAUUAACUAUUUAAUUGUUUUAGCUUUACAAGUAGAUCUUGAAGUAGGUGGUUCACAAGAUGUUUUUCAAUUGUGACCAGAUGUGUUCACAGCAAAUAUUCUUUUGUUUUAUUUAUACAUUUUUGUAGUGUAUGUCUCUGAACAAACGUUAUACGAGGCAAACUGGUAAGAUUGUUAUUGCACGUUGAUUGUAGACUCGACUAUAAUAUCACUAUGUGAAGUCAUAAAUAAAGAUUAUUUUAUUUAUAUCACGCAAGUGUGAUGAAAA